AUGCAAUGCCCGUAAUUAGCAUAAUUUAUAUAUUUAUGAUAAAGAGAGAAAAAGGCGCGGGGCCGGGGCGGCGGGCGCUCUGGAGCGGGGCGCGCGCGGUGCCCACCUGGGGCUGCGGACCCGGGCCGCGCCCUCGCCCGCCCGCCCGCCUGCUCCGGCCCCGCUCAGACCGAGGGAGGCGCGGCCGCCAGGUGGACCCGGCGGGACCUGGCCCUGGCCCUUCAGCCCUCGAAGCCCAGGCGUGGGACGCAGCGCCAGAAAGCUCUGCACCGACCCUGUGGCGGCCGGGGCCGAUUGCGCCCCGCAGGGGACUUCGUCGUUCGCUCGGGUUCCCCGCAGUCAGGUCCAACCGAGGCGGCCUGGGCGACCUGACGCCGGUCUCCUCCCAGAUGAACCUACUGGGGAACGACGGAGGGACCCGGGGUUAGAGCCCGGAGUGUCCCUGGAAGGCUGAGGGAGUGACGGGAGGGUCACCGUCGAGCAGCGCGAGAGCGCUUCAUAAAUAUUUAAUCACGGUAUUAUUAUUAAUAAUAGUCAGAAUAAUGGGACCUGUAUAUGCUUCCUCAGUAUUCGCACCUGGUGAGGCCGAGGAAGCCUAGAGGGCCUUCUAGCGUCCACUUUAGCCUGGCAAUCCGCCACUCAGCUGCCUAAAACUGGCACAGAGCAGCGGCUGCCGGACAGAGGGACGUAAGAGUCAAGCAGCCUUCCUUGACCAGAGACGGGAGGCUCUGCGCUGAGAUUAUAGCCUCUUCCGUUCCUCUCAUUCCUUGUUUCCAGAGGAGAGGGCUGCUCUUCCUUUCAGCGCAUGCAUAUCUCUUCCCCUUACCUUGGCAGUCAAGGUAGCCAGCGCCAACAGGCAGAGGCCCUCGGAGGAAUGAUUCCAAGAAUUCCAUUUCGAGGGAAGCCCUGGUGCCCAGGGUGCUGUUUCUGUAACCUGGGACUCCUUUGCAUUCCUGCUGAGGAAUUUCAUUCAUUCCUUCAUUGGUUCGAGGAAAGUAGCCACUAAGUGUCAUACCUUGAACAAUCCAGGUAAAGCUUUUUCUUCUGUCCUGCAGCUUUCAUUCUGUGUCAGGCAAGCAGAUCAUAAUAAACAUGAGCACAAAUAAAAUGAUACUAUAACCCAAGUGGGAUGUGCGUGUGUGUCUGUGAUGAGCUUUUUCUUCCUGGAGGUACUUACCUGGCAGUUUGGAAAAGGGAAGCUGAGGAUGUGGCUCAGUGGUAGAGGUAGGAGGCAGGCAGCUUGUGCAGGUCCCAGGUUCAAUCCCCAGAACCACAAAGAAGCAAAUUGGAGCCAGAUGCGAUGGUGCAUAGCUCUAAUCCCAACACUUGGAAGACUGAGGCAGGAGGAUGGCACACGCAAGGCCAAUCUCAGCAAUAUCUAGACUCUGUUUUAAAGUAAAAUAAAAAAGGGGUUAGGAUAUAGUUCAGUAUAGAGCACUCUGGAUUUGGUUCCUAGCACUGAAAUAGAUAAACAUCUAGCUAGAUAGGCUAAGAAUGUGGCGCAGUGGUAGAGAACUUAUCCAGCAUGUAUAAGUACUUGUGUUCAAUCCCCAGCAUAGCAAAAUAAACAAACAAAAUAGCCGUUUCAUGGACACCUUCUAUCUUUCCUGGGAUGAAUCUAAUUGAGUACAAGGGAGUAGGCAGCAGCAGAAGAAAUGAAUUUUUUUUAAGAAGCUAAAUUUAAUCUGCCUUUAUUAAACUGGUCUUUGCUAGAGCUGGCCAAGGUGAAGCACACCUGUAAUCCCAGCACUUGGGAGUGUGAGGCAGGAGGAUCACUGUGAGUUUGAGACCAGCCCAGGCACUACGUAAAGGAGUUCAAGGCCAUCCUGACCUGUACCGUGAGAUGCUAUCUCAAAACUCACCCAUUCCAAAAAAAAGAAAGAAAGAAUGAACGAACUGAAGAAAGAAAGAAACUAGUCUUGACUCUUUGUGGUGAGUGUUUUAGAAAGAAAAGACCAGUUGCUACCACUCCUAUCUCUGUGUCACUUCCCACUGUGAACGUUGCACAUGCUUCUGGCCUGUGUGCCUCGCUGGUCCACAGACAACUUGUAGCCAGCCAUUGCCUCCCCCCAGGGCUCCAGGGUUGGGAUGGGUGCUUCUGGAGCAGAACUAAAAACCUGUUUUCAGUUCCUCCUCAUCCCGGGGCCAGAGCAGUACCCACUGACCUGCCUGUUUCCUGAGAGGCCCUGCUGGGGUCAGGAGGCAGGUAGGUGUGGCUGCUCUCCUAGGCUCUCUAGGUAAACAUGGGGACAGGGAGAAGGGUACUAUGCUAAGCAUUUCACUGACAUGCACUCGUGGGAUCCUUAGAACAGCCUGCUUAAAGCUCAACUGUUUAAUCCAUGAGGAUCCCAUCUUACCUAGUCAGCAUGACUAUCAUCAAUACAAAAAUCAAUAAAUACUGGUGGGGAGGCUAAUUACCAUUUUAAAAAUAAAGAGAUCAAAACUCAGAGAGGCUAAGUAAGUUGCCCAAGAUCACCCAACUGUUUCAGGACUGAAUGAGCCAGUAUUUGAAUCUAGAUUUUCCUUGAAAAUGGUACCCCAUCUUUUUCCUUCCUUCCUUCCUUCCUUCCUUCCUUCCUUCCUUCCUGAGAAGGCUCUUGCUAUGUGACCUUGAGCUUGUGACCAUCCUCCUGCCUCAGCGUCCCAAGUGCUAGGAUUACAAGCAUGCGCCAUCAUACCUGACCCGUACCUUGCUCUGACUUUCAGCUUUUUUUAUCUAUAAGAUGGGGAUAAUGUUCACUGAUUAUGGUUCUUUUGUUUGCUGUUGUUGUUUUUUUGGUUUUGGGGAUUUUUUUUUUUUUUUUUUUUUUUGAGACAGCGUCUUGCUGUAUAGUUCAGACUAGCCUUGAACUCACUGUGUAGUCCAGGCUGGCCUCGAACUCUUGGCAGUCAGUCCUCUUACCUCAGUCUCACCACCAUGCUGGGUAAGUUAAUACUGUUCUUGGUGUCUAGUGGAAUAAUUUCAAAGUAAGCUUUGUAGGAUUUUUCAGUGAGAAAGUAGAGAAAUAGGACUGGGGUCGUAGCUCAGUAGUAGAGUGCUUGCCUAUCAUGCUUAGGGCCAUGGGUUCUGUUCCUAGCACUGUGAAUACACACAUAUACAAGCACAUGUGUGCAUGCACACACAUACACACAAAUAAAAAGAGAAAAAAAUUAGAUAACAAAGAAGUACAAACCUACCUACAAACAGUCUACCUACAAACAGUCACACAGUUGGUCAAACUGUAUUGUUUAUUUACUUAAUCACUGGGUCUGUGGCUUUGUAGGGCUGGUAUUAGAACUGAAUAAUAGCAUUUAUUGAACUCCUAUACAGUCUCCUACAAUAUUACCUCCUUCAUUAUGCAACACUAUACCUUCAUUAUAGAAGGUGGGCCCUUGUUCAGGACCUCACAGCUAAGCAAUGGUGAACCUGAGAGGUGAAUCUAAAUUCUUAACUCUUACACUAAAGUGAAAUAUGUUAUUAAGAUAAUAUAUGUAAAUUGUUAUACCUGCCACUUUCUGAGCACUUUGCAUGUGCGAGGCAUUGAUGUGAAUGUUGUACAUGCAUUAAUUUAUGUCCUAGGCAGGCAUGGUGACCCAUGCCUAUAAUCCCAGCACUCAAGAGGCUGAGGCAGGAGGAUUGCCAGAGUUCAAGUUCAGCCUGGACUUCAUAGUGAGAGGCUGUCUCAAAAAGACCAAAAAAAAUAUUAUUUGGUCUUCACAGUAGUCCUAAGUAUGUGCUGUUAUUUCUGUUUUUACAGAUAAGGAAACUGAGAAGUGGACAUUAAAUCUUUUCUCCAAAAUCCUGUACCUGGUAAAUAUCAAAGUUGAGGUUACUGCAAAGGGUGAGGCAGGAGGAUCAAAAGUUUGAGACCAGUUUUCCUUAGUGAGACCCUGAAUCAGAGUAAAAAUUAAAAAAGACGAGAGUAGCCCUGUGGUAGACCGCCCUGCGGUUGGACCCCCAAGGGUGUAACAAAAAAAGCUGGAAUUAGGAGCUCAGUGAUCUUACUUCAGAGGGUGCACCCAACUCUAAUAGUCCAUGUAAAGGCCCUGAAUGAUUAUUAUCUUUCAGCAGGUAGCAUGGGGCCAGGAAUAGGAAAGGUAAGAAAACAUACAGAAAAUCCACAAGGCAGCGACAACUUGACAUCUCAUCUGCUUGGAGCCUGGCACAGGGCAGGUACUACUCUGGUGCAGGAGGGCUGAACUGAAGCCGUAUGGAGUGGGUGGUGUGGUGAGCACAGGGAGGGCUCUGGGUCUCUGACCUGUGAGCCAGUGAGUGGGAUUUGCUGCUGGAGAAGCAAGUGUGAGGUGGCCUCCAAAGGGAAGGGCAGGCUGACAGCAAGGCCCGAGCAUCUGCUAGAAAGCUGAAGCUGCCCUUUGCCGAGACGGGGAAGGCUGCGUGCGAAAGGCGCAGUUUGGGGAUAGAAAUUGGGAGUUUGGCUUUGGCGUGUGAAGAGGGAGAUGAUGUACACAGUGUGCAGGCAGUUGGAUGUAUGAACCCAGAGUUCCCAGAUACAGUCCAGGCUGCAGAUUGAGGCUUGGCAGUUGUGGGACUGGAUGAGACCCCCUGGGGAGGGAGAGCAGACUGGACAGGCUGCACCAUUCAGCUCAGCCCCAGCUGCCUGUGGUCCCAGUCUUUUUUUUUUUUUUUUGGUCUUUUUCCUUUUUAUCGGUACCAGGGAUCGAACUCACGACUGCCUGCUUGCAAGGCAGGCGCUUAUGCCGCUGAGCUAAAUCCCCAGCCCCGGGUCCCAGUCUUUUUAAAAAUUACAAAUAAAUAAAGAGCUGAGAGAUGUAGCUCAGUGGAAACAUCCUGGGUGGUGGUGAGGGGAAGGUGACUUCCCAAUAAAUGUGACUUUCCUUCACAUGAAAAUGGUUAGACUGAAAUUAAGUUAGUUUCUGAAGUGAAGUUAGCAACGGAAAAAAAAAAAAGAAAGAAAUUAAGUUAGUCUACCCAGCCAUUCCUCAGAGUCUGCUAACUUUGCACAGGGAAACCCCCAUCAAAGACUAUAGUGAGGAGGUGUUUUAACAUCAGAAACUCCAACCACAUUGAGCGAGGGAUUAAAACCACCCAAAUGUGUCUGAGUAACAAAUAUGCGUCCCAUACACAAGUUCCAUUUUCCUACAUAGGGUAAGAUUCUUCUUAUAUGAAUUGUCAGGCUUGAAACAGCUUCCUGGGAACAAGGAUCUUGGGGUCUUCCACUGUCUACUGUGACACUUAAGCAUACCCUAUCCUAACUUUUUCUUUUGCACCAGGAAUCGAACUCAGGACCUCACUCUUUCCAGGCAGAUGCCAAAUCACUGAGCUAAAUCCUCAAUCUCUAACAUACCCUAUAGGAUUUACCUUUUUAUUUCCUUUACCUCCAUGGUGGACUGGAGGCUUGUCAAAGAAGAGAAAUUUUUUCCAUUGCAUCCCAAAAGCCCAGCACAGAGUAGCCACAGACAUACUUGUUGCUUAAACAGAGGCCAAGCCAUCUCAGGAAUUCUCUUAGUAGGAGCUCAGGCUGCUCUAGGAAGUUCUGAGUUGGGGUUUCUCAGCAUUCCUCCCGCGUUUGGGGUUUCUCAGCAUUCCUCCCGCGUACCUCGGGAUAUUGCCUUAAACUGUGGCAGUUCCCAGAGAAGAGGGGCAAGCAAGCCAAUCCUCUAGCUCAUCCCUUUGUACUGAAUCUCCUGGAUGGCCUUGGACCUGUUUGGUUCUUAGGUUAGGGCAAAUGUCUCCGCACCCACAGAUCACUCUGUUCUGGGGUUGCUUGAGUUUUAGACACCAGCACCAGAGAGCAAGGAUAAGUGAACCAUCUGGAUGCCUUGCCAGGCUGGCUUCAAGAGCUUAUCAAACUUAACUCUCUGAAGAAAGAAGAUGAGAAGGCGCUGUGGGGCUCAGUUCCUGCCCCACCCAGCUUAAACCAGAGCAGUUGCACUGUGAUCUGUUUAUGCUGUCUUGAAACAGACAGUUGAUUGUCUCUCUUCCCUGAUCUCAGGAUGACAUGAUAUGGCAUCCUGACAUCAAAGGAGGCCACUGCAGUGUCCUUUCCCCAGUCACUAGGGAAAUGGUCAAAAAGCAAACUGAAGAUGGCUGUUAGUCAGUGGGAUGCCAACUUGAGGCUCGGGGGAACAAAGUUCCGGGCAAGGAAAGGAGCAGGCCCAGGAAAAGCAUAGGGAAGGAGAACACCUGGUGAACGGUCACAGUGCUAGGUAUCUACAGAGGCGUUUGUUAUUUGAGAGACAAAUGUGUCUUUAGGCUGCCAUUCAGCCUGGAUUUCCAAUGGCUGAAGUCUGGUUAGUCUGGUUAGUGGACUUAGGUGAGGCCAGAGACUCUAGCUCAGGCCUGACCUUGCCCUUGACACAGAGGAUCAGACACUGAGCACACAAAUCUUCAUAACUCAACAGACUCAAGGGAAGAGGAGCUCUGAGAAUCACCCAUGCCAAUCUGUCACUUGUAUCUGAUAGAGUGAGACAAGCCAGCAGUAGGCAAUGGAUGUGCAAAUGCAGAGUUCCCCAGUGAAGUCCAGGCUGGAUGGAGAUGUAGAUCUGACAGUUAUCAGACUGGCUGCAAAGACCUCAAGAGGAAGUGAAGAGGGGAGGGGAUGAGCUGCACUGUUCAGCUCAGCCCCAAUAACACAGUCACAAAGUGGACGCUUCCCUCUCCCUAACUAUGCCUUGGCGUGGCCGUGGCUGACAGCAGUGAACCAAAGGUCUCAGGAGGACCAUGAGCAGGUUUUCAGCCCCUCUGGAGCAGAUGCCUCAAUGGCUGGCUACUGCCGCCUUUGCCUGAUGGCCUUCAUUGGAACAGAAAUUUCUUCUCCCCGUGAAAUGUGUGUAUCAAGCUAUAAGGAACCCAAUUCACCAUGUACACCUUUCCUUUCAAGUUUAUCUCUGCCUCUUAUUUUAAUUUGCAGAUGGCUUUCUUUUUGACUUCUGUUUAUAGCAAUCUCAAAUCUCACCCAGAAGUGGUGGUAAAUUGCCAAGUUGUCUGAAAAAGUCAUGGAAGACUCCCAUGUGCAACAUUUGGGCAGGCACAGGAACAUCGUCCAGUCGUGAAGCCAGAGCCCCAGUGAGGUGGUCUGGGAAUUUCAUUACUGUGUCACAUCAGCGCUUGCUUUUCCAAUCCUAUCUUACCCAGGAUACGCUAGGUGUGGGCCAGCUACUACCCUAGCCUGACCAGCAACCAUGGAUCCUGGGACCGGGUCCGAGUCAUCUCUGACUGUCAAUGAGCAGGUCAUCGUGAUGUCAGGCCACGAGACCAUCCGAGUGUUGGAAGUUGGUGUGGAUGCCCAACUCCCUGUUGAGGAAGAUGGCAAAGGACUGGAGAAUGUGGCUGCCGAGAACUCCCAUGGCAGGGGUCCUGCUGAAGCCAGUGAACCUGCUGGUGAAGCUGGGCCAGGCAACCCAGAUCCCUCUGCAGAGUCUGCUGUGAAGUCAAUCCCAGGGAUUCCUCCGGGCCCUGCCCCUGCCCCUGCCAUUGCUACCUUCAGCCAAGCCCCAAGCCAGCCUCAAGCAUCGCAGACCUUGACACCACUGGCUGUACAAGCUGCCCCCCAGGUCUUGACUCAGGAAAACUUAGCCACAGUUCUGACAGGAGUUAUGGUUCCAGCAGGGGCAGUUACUCAACCUCUUCUUAUCCCCAUCAGUAUUGCAGGUCAAGUGGCUGGGCAGCAGGGGCUGGCCGUGUGGACAAUACCUACAGCAACUGUGGCUGCCCUCCCAGGACUGACUGCUGCUUCUCCUACGGGGGGAAUUUUCAAGCCACCGUUAGCUGGUCUCCAAGCUGCUGUGCUGAACACCGCUCUCCCGGCACCCGUACAAGCUACCCCACCAGCCCAGACCUCCACGCCAGCCCAGCCCCGGCCACCAGCCCAGCCCCAGACGCUGUUCCAGACCCAGCCACUGCUGCAGACCACGCCUGCCAUUCUACCGCAGCCCACCGCUGCCACCGCUGCUGCCCCCACCCCCAAGCCAGUGGACACCACCCCACAGAUCACCGUCCAGCCUGCAGGCUUUGCAUUUAGCCCUGGAAUCAUCAGCGCUGCUUCUCUCGGGGCACAGACCCAGAUCCUGGGCUCCCUUACUACAACUCCGGUUAUUACCAGCGCCAUCCCCAGCAUGCCGGGGAUCAGCAGUCAGAUCCUCACCAAUGCUCAGGGACAGGUCAUUGGAACACUUCCAUGGGUGGUGAACUCAGCUAGCGUGGCAGCCCCAACACCAGCUCAAAGCCUGCAGGUCCAGGCUGUGACCCCCCAACUGUUGUUGAAUGCCCAGGGCCAGGUGAUUGCAACUCUGGCCAGCAGCACCCUGCCUCCUCCUGUGACUGUCCGGAAGCCCAGCACACCUGAGUCCCCUGCUAAGAGUGAGGUGCAGGCCAUCCAGCCCACACCAGCCGUGCCCCAGCCUGGUGUGGUCAUCGCCAGCCCGGCUCCAGCAGUCAAGCCAUCUGCUUCUGCUCCCGUCCCAAUUACCUGCUCAGAGACCCCCACAGUCAGCCAGUUGGUGUCCAAGCCGCACACUCCAAACCUGGAUGAGGAUGGGAUCAACUUAGAAGAGAUCCGGGAGUUUGCCAAGAACUUUAAGAUCCGGCGCCUCUCUCUGGGCCUUACACAGACCCAGGUGGGCCAGGCUCUGACAGCGACAGAAGGUCCAGCCUACAGCCAGUCAGCCAUCUGCCGGUUUGAGAAGCUGGACAUCACACCUAAGAGUGCCCAGAAGCUGAAGCCGGUGCUGGAGAAGUGGCUGAAUGAGGCUGAACUCCGGAACCAGGAAGGCCAGCAGAACCUGAUGGAAUUUGUGGGAGGUGAGCCCUCCAAGAAACGCAAGCGCCGCACUUCCUUCACCCCCCAGGCCAUAGAGGCUCUCAAUGCCUACUUUGAGAAGAACCCACUGCCCACGGGCCAGGAGAUCACCGAGAUUGCUAAGGAGCUCAACUAUGACCGCGAGGUUGUGCGUGUCUGGUUCUGCAAUCGGCGCCAGACCCUCAAGAACACCAGCAAGCUGAAUGUCUUUCAGAUCCCCUAGGGCUCAGCUCCAGCCCUGUGUUCCAGCACUUUGUACUGUCCCUCUCUUGGCACCCAGCUGUCGCCACUGCCAUGACAGUGCCUGUCAUCUUGCAAUGUGCGACUGUGCCAUGCUUGCCCUCAGUCAUGAGACUCCACUGUGUGCAUGUAUGUCGACGCCUUCCUCGUCUUCCCCCCAUAUCUUACAUCCCGGGGAGGGCAGAGGGGACCCCAGGAGAGCCCCAGGCUCUAGGCUGGGCAUGCCGCAGGAAGAGGUUUGCGGUGAUACCCAGAAAAGCACUUUGCUAACAUGGUAUUGGAAAGUGAAGCUUCUGUCUGAGCCAGGUCUGUAGCAGCUCCUGAAGACCCUUGGCCAUUAGCUCUUGUUUUCCAUGGCAUUCUCUUCCUUCUUUCUUUUCUCCUUGGCUUGUUUGUACUACUGUGGUAGGUGUGACCAUUGAUCCAGUGGACCCACAGCCUCCUACUGCCCUCCCCACUUUGACUACAGGCACGUGGAACCCCUGAGAGGACCCAGGAGAUAAAAUUUAGAAAAGUGUGAAUUGCUGCUCAGAAAGCUGGACACAAUGUCUGGCUUCAAGGUCCCUAACCCCUGGGGCCGGAACAUGUGAGCGCCUCUCCAGUUCAUUUGUGGGAGAAUAUUGCACUAAAGCAGAAUCUUUUUAUUUUGUGAUCCAUUGUGGGAGGAACAGGACCUGGAGUUGUCCUGGGUCUGCUGCUGGAAUUUAGUGACAGACCAUACUCCCAGAUUUUAAUCCAAUCUUUGUACUUGCAGCCUGGGGAAAAAAAAAUAAACUACAUUGCCCAAGCCCACAGGCAGCUCUGAAAAAACAUGAGGAAAGGAA